AUGGGGUGGCCAUCUUCUUGCGACCCUACACGCCGGACAUGCUGUGAAAGAAGCAGGCAAUGUGCUGGAGUUUGUUCCGGGCACACACUACCCCCGCACACCCCCAAACAGGGGAGAACCCGGCACCGGCAUUUGUGUGGCGCAUCCUGUCAUCUCUCCCCAGUUCUGACGUCGCCUUUUUUGUCUUCAGAUCUUUCUUUUUCUCACGGCAACGUACAUUACAUGUUUCCUGCUUCAACUUUUCGUCGUUUUUUCGGCAAUAUGGCAAAAGCAAAGUACACUCUUGUCCUCAUCCGCCACGGCGAAUCGACGUGGAACAAGGAGAACAGGUUCACCGGCUGGACCGAUGUGCCGUUGUCCCCUGUCGGCGAGCAAGAGGCCGUGGAAGCUGCAAAGGCUCUCAAGGAAAAGGGUUUCGAGUUUGACGUCGCCUACACUUCCGUGCUUCAGAGAGCCGUCGUCACCUGCUGGACCGUCCUGAAAGGGACUGAUAUGUGCCACAUCCCUGUGAAGAGCUCAUGGAGACUGAACGAGCGUCACUACGGCGCCCUCCAGGGCCUCAACAAGGCUGAGACCGCAGCCAAGCACGGAGAUGAGCAAGUCAAGAUUUGGCGUCGCUCCUAUGACAUCCCUCCCCCCCCUCUGGAGAAGUCUGACAAGAGAUGGCCUGGCAAUGACGCCGUCUACAAGAUGGUCCCCAAUGAGGCCUUGCCCCUGACAGAGUGUCUCAAGGACACCGUCGAGCGAGUCCUGCCGUUCUGGUUCGACCACAUCGCCCCGUCCAUCAUGGAAGGCAAGAGGGUUCUUGUUGCUGCCCACGGUAACUCUCUUCGGGGUCUCGUUAAGCACCUCGAUAAGAUGAGCGAUGAAGCUGUUCUCGAGCUGAACAUCCCCACAGGCGUACCGCUUGUUUACGAACUCGAUGAAGACCUGCAGCCAGUGAGACACUACUAUCUCCUGGACGAGGCGGAAUUGAAGGCAAAGAUGGAGGCUGUCGCCAACCAAGGAAAGGCCAAGUAAACAGCCCCGUCAUAAGAAAGCCGCAUGCACAUUCUCACACAUCGAUCAGGUUUGGGGCUAGUCACGUGACUGAAACGCGAGUGGUGCCCAUCUGUUGUGGUAUUCGUAAUUCGUUCGGGCGUGCGGCCUAGUCGGGUACUUAAGAAACCCGCUUUGCCCGACAAUAACACAAACCCCUUCACCGUAAAAGUUUUGUCAGGUUA